AUGAAGGCUGGCACAUCAAUGCAAAGACAGAAAUCAAGGCUGCAAAUGACCGUGUACUUUUUACUGUAUGUCUGUUGGCAAGCGCAUCCCAGUCAAUCAAGUCCAAUUUAUUUGGAUAAUGUGGAAGACGCCAUUGAAUACGGCUAUCCAGAGCAGUUGGCCAAUCCGGCUGAUGAGUUGCGUCGUUUGCGAGUAGUUGCAAGGGAACUUCUACAAGAAAUGGGUAUGCGGAGAAAUACUGGCAUCAAGCGAGUUUCAGUGGACCAGACAAACGCAAAGAAAGCAUAUGCACAAGGAUUACUCAGUAGAAUGCCAUUUGGGAAGAAAAAUUCGAAACCAGAGACGCCAGUAUCCAUCGACAAUACUGAGAAUCAUCCAGCUGCAUCUGCGGUGGAAAUUCGCUUAUCACUUUUGUCCAUUCCGGAUGCUGGCACUCUUCACAAUGUGACGAAUACAUCUAAUGAUACAGAUCCGAACUUUCUAAUGGUUCCGCGAAUCAAGCGUCCCAAAGGAUCAGUAACAUUUAUCGAUGGUCGGUUCCGUGACCAGUGGAACAAAAAGGCGGACUUUUUGUUGUCUGUCAUUGGUUUUGCAGUAGAUCUGGCUAAUGUAUGGCGAUUUCCAUAUCUUUGUUACAAAAACGGUGGUGGUGCUUUUUUAAUUCCAUACACACUGAUGUUGGUAUUUGGUGGGAUUCCGUUAUUUUACAUGGAGUUGGCUUUGGGACAAUACAUUCGCAAAGGAGCGAUUACAUCUUGGGGACGCAUCUGUCCACUUUUCAAAGCUGGUUCCUCAAAAAGCCGGUCUAUCCUUUUUGACGUUUUUAACGCAGGUGUGGGAUACAGCGUGGUUUUGGUCGCGUUUUAUACGGAUUGGUUCUACAACAUGAUAAUUGCAUGGUCUCUCUACUACUUCGGAGCAUCUUUCACCACUCAACUACCUUGGAUAGACUGUGGGCACUACUGGAAUACAGAACGUUGUGUUGACACGCACUUGUCGACAAACCAAAGCAACUUCAGUGGAAUCCAGCCCCGGACUAGCGGCAACUCAACGUUUCCGGUGGAAGAAUUCUUCCACCUCAAGGUGUUAGGGCGCACAAACGAUACAAACCUGGAUAAUUUGGGACGUGUCCAAUGGCCGGUCAUUUUGUGCUUUGUCGCGGUGAUGGUUAUUUGUUACUUCAGUCUAUGGAAAGGAAUACAUACAUCUGGAAAGGUGGUAUGGUUCACUGCAAUUUUCCCAUACGUGGUACUGUUCAUUCUUCUGUUCCGUGGCUUAUCCUUGGACGGGGCUUUGGAUGGAAUACGAUACUACAUUGUACCAGACAUUGACAAACUCAGGAGCGCGGAACCAUGGGUUGAUGCCGCGACGCAGGUUUUCUUCUCUCUAGGUCCAGGUUUUGGAGUCCUUAUGGCCUACGCUUCUUACAACGACUUCCACAAUAACGUCUAUAGGGACGCAUUGGUCGUGGCAACCAUUAACUCACUCACUAGCAUGUUGUCCGGCUUUGUGGUCUUCAGCAUGCUGGGGUACAUGGCAAACAAGCGCUCUGUUUUAGUCUCCGACGUCAUCCAAGAUGGUAAGUAUAAAUCUACUUUUUUAGUCAAACGUCUAAUCACUUUCAUCCUCCAAUUAUGUGAGACGCGUGAUUGUCUACCCGGAAGCUCUGGCAACCUUGCCCGGAUCUGUGUUCUGGUCCAUUGUAUUCUUCCUAAUGUUGCUGACUCUCGGCCUCGACAGCUCGGUGAUAGUUUUGGAUGCAAAAUAAAUUAUCUGCGUUCCCCACGCGGUGCCUUCUAUCCACAGUUUGGUGGCUCAGAAGCUGUUAUCACUGCACUGAGUGAUGAAUAUCCUAUCCUGGCUCAUCACCGCGAACUAUUUGUAUUGUUCCUCUUUUCGUUCUACUGCAUCAUUGGAACACUGGAAUCUACACAGGUUGCUGAAAAUUUUCCGACACCCCAUGACCGGUUUUUCCCUUCGUGGGGCUUAUCAUGUGGGCACUGCCCCCGAAUUUCCGUCAAACUUAUUGCGUCAAACAAAUUGCACGAAAUUAUCGAAAUACACUCAGCUGCAAACAAGUUUGGUUUUUCGAGAGACUCACAUGGACCUCAGACGAAUCUCUCGUUUACGAUGUUACCAGGCUGCAUCAGGCCGCCCUAUGUUUCAGGUGGGAUAUAUUUCUUUCAUCUGUUCGAAAGGAUGUGCGUGGAAUAUCCCAUACUUUUAGCUGUAUUUUGUGAAACAGUGUGUAUUUCCUGGAUUUAUGAUGCGCGAGCUAAUGCUUAUGUUUUGAGGCGUGGAUCGUUUUCGCAAAAACGUAAAACAAAUGCUGGGCUUCGAACCGGGAAUCUUUUGGCGAAUCACGUGGAAGUUCAUUGCUCCAGUAUUCAUAAUGGCCGAAUACUUCGAACAACGUUUACUGUGGCCACUAGCUGCCCGCAACCCGGGUCCGCCGCACCCGAUAUGACGAACAUGGAACCCCCUAAGGCUCGGAGGUUUUG